CCCUCUCAUUUCCGGUCCCAGCGCCCCGCCCCCAUUACGCAAACACGCCGCGCCGCCUCUGCGUCAUCGCCGCGCGCCGCUGUCAGGCUCUCGGCGCAGGGGGACCAUGGCGGAGGUGGGCAGGGCUGCCGUGUGCGACCCCGGGGCGCUGCUCCCGGGCGGCUUCUGGGCGGCGGUGGCCGUGUGGCUGGAGAGGCCGCAGGUGGCCAACAAGCGGCUGUGUGGCGUCCGCCUGGAGAGCCGGCGGAGCGCCGUCCUGCCCCGGACCGAGGCCCGCGGCCCCAGGUCGAGCGCAGGCCCCGAGCAGGAGGAGCGGGCCGCGGCGGGAUGCGGGCCCGAGGAGGGACCGGGACCCGGGCAGCGUUCCCCCGAGGGAGGCCCAGGCCCCAGGCCGAACGCAGACCUCGAGCAGCCCCAGGGCCGGCGCCAGGAAGCGGAAGAGAGGCGGGAAGCAGCCGCAGCGCCUCUGCGCGCAGGGUCCCCCGGGCAGCCCGGCAGGGCCGGAGUCGGGGAGGGCGACUUCCCAGCCUCGGACCUGGAUUCUCUCUGGGAUGAUUUCUCCCGAAGCCUUGUCGGCGACGAUCAAGAUAUGCUGGCCUUCCUGACAGGCUCCGGGGCGGGAUCGCAGCCGGGGGCGCCGCGCGAGCUCGACGUGGUGCUCAGAACCGUCAUCCCCAAGGGGAGCCCACAUUGCCCUCUUUCUGCUCCAAAGAGAGAAAUAGCCCUGCAAGAUGUCCUCAAUGGAACUGUAACUUUUUUACCUUUGGAAGAUGACGAAGGGAAUUUAAAGGUUAAGAGGAGCAAUGUGUAUCAAAUUCAGCUCAGUCACAUCAAAGAAGAAUGGUUCAUAUCUGUUUUAAUUUUCUGUCCAGAAAGAUGGCAUUCAGAUGGAAUUGUCUACCCGAAACUCACCUGGCUCGGAGGAGAGCUGCUGGCCAAGCUGGCCAAGUGGUCUGUGGAGAGCAGGCCGAGUGGCUUUAAAAGCACCCUGUCCCUCAUUUCCAUUGCGAAGUACAGCAAGGUCCACCAGGAGCUGAAAGAGAAGUACAAGGACAUGGUCAAGGUGUGGCCGGAAGUGACCGAUCCUAAGAAGUUUGUAUAUGAAGAUGUGGCUAUUGCUGCCUACCUGCUGGUUUUAUGGGAAGAAGAGAGAGCCGAGCGGGGAGUGACAGCUAAGCAGUCCUUUGUGGACUUAGGGUGUGGAAACGGCCUCCUGGUGCACGUGCUGAGCAGUGAGGGGGUAAAGCAGGGUCACGAAAUUGGGGAAAGCCGUAAUUCAUUUUUUUAUGUUAAAAUGAGCCAGCAGCAGACGUUUGUAUGUUACCCUGACAACACGAUUGCCACAUGGCUUUGCCGACUUUUCUCCACUGACUAUUCACGACUUUUGGAUUCUGUGCUUGUUGAUUGUGUUUCAAGGUCUUCCUACAACUGCCGUUUCUUUGUCCUUCCCUGCUGCUUCUUCGACUUCGUUGGACGAUACCACCGGAGGCAAAGUAAGAAGACGCAGUACCGAGGGUACCUCGACUUCAUCGCAGAAGUGGGACUGACGUGUGGCUUUCACGUGGAGGAGGACUGCCUUAGGGUCCCUUCAACCAAGAGAGUUUGUCUCAUUGGGAAAUCCAGGACGUACCCCCCCGCCAGAGAAGCCUCCAUGGAUGCGCAGAGAACGCGGUACAUCCAUGGGCGGCGGGGCUGGCCGGGCCCNGACCCUCCUGACCCCGAGGCUACUGCCAGCGCAGACCACCCCGACGGUCGCCCUGACAGUCAUAGAACCCCGGACGCCGAGGCCAGGCAGGCGCCUGAGGCCCAGGCUGAAGGACUGUGGCUGUCCGGAUUUCGCCCCCGAGAAAAAGCCGAGCACGUGCGGAACUGUGCCGCCCUCCCUCGAGACUUUGUUGAUCAGGUGGUGUUACAAGUGGCAAAUCUGUUGUUGGGUGGAAAGCAGUUAAACCCAAGAAGCUCACACAGCGGGAGUUUGAAGCCGUGGAACCGAGGAGAGAGCCUAUCCUUGGCUGAAGUAGCCGGCAAGCUGGACAGGGAGACCCUGCAGAGACUGAAGCGGGAAUGUGGCGGCUUGCAGACGCUGCUGAAAAACAGCCAUCAGGUGUUUGAAGUUCUGAAUGGGAGAGUUCACAUUCGCGACUGGAGGGCAGAGAAGCUGCCGAAGGAGAAGCACCCGGAAGCCAAGCGCACGCUGCUCUCUGGGGCUUUCAAAACCCGCCUCUGCUGGUUCUUCACCCACCACCCUGACGGCUGUGUCCUGCCUUCGCACUGCUGCCCGUUUGCCCACGGGCCUGGGGAGCUGCGGCCACCGCCGGCCACCAAGAGGAAAAAGCAGAGCCUGUGAGCUGUCUCCGCCGUGAGUGGGGGCCCGGCGGAGACACAUGCCCACCCGCAUCUGCUGCGUCCAGCGUCUUUGUGUCAGAGUACGACAGUUCUUAAACAUCCUGCAGCGCAGACGGGGAACGCACAGCCAUGCCUGCGGCAGCUCGCCGCACCAGACCGGCUGCCCGGGCCUCGCCUCCCUGUCCCGCCCGUCUCCACUGGGCCUUCCCGCUGGUGCUGAUAAUGCUUUAGAUUCCAGGGAAGAGAAAUUCCUGAUGUGUUUCUGUUUGAAAUUAUUUUUACAGCUUUACACAAAAGUUGCAUCAGUAGAAGCUGUUGCGCCCCUUGAUUUUCUGUGGGACGCCUCCUGGCGACCUUUCUGUGGGACGGGUGGCCUCGGGUCAUUUGUGGGGGGUGAGACGAAGCUCAUCCUUUCC